GAAGGAGGGGGAGAUUAGGACUGGAUUAGAUUGGACCUGGCGGACGAGGAAUUGGCUCAAGAAUUUGGCUCAAGGAAUUUGGCACAGCUUGCACAGCCCCGGCACAGCGAGCACAGCCACCGGGCCGCAGUGACCACUGUCACCAGCGCGUGGCCUGUCCGGACUCAACGUCGUCAUGAAACAGUGGCUCGAGAUAUGGCAAGCAUUCAUUCGCGAUUAUCUGCCAUGAAGCUCGCAAUCGAGAAGAUGAGCACCAACGUGGACAAGAUGAACACUCGGAUGGACGAGAUCACAAACAGGCUCGACAGGCUCGAGGGCACCAUGCACACAGAUGUCUUGACCACCAACGGCGAUUGUAGCUCCAUCGCGCGGGAAGUGGGCGAGCGCAUGAGCAACAACAGCAGCAUCGACAAGCGGCUGGCACGCAUCGAGUUGCUGCUUUUCCGCACUCCUGUUAGCGACUUCCUGAAGACAGACACGGAGCUGGAGCGCACUCUUGCGAAAUUCGUGCCGCUGCCGGAGGUGCCUGAGUUCCCUGCCCUGACAGGGAAGCAGCCCGGAAGUUUCGAGAUGCCUCUGGAGGUGGAGAGAGCCAAUGCGACGGAACCCCGUGAGCAAGGUUCCCCAUCCGAGUCCGACAAGGAGAGCGAGGACGAAACGAUGAAGGACUAGAGGUGGGACGAGAUGAACGAUGAGGAAGACAAGGAUAUGGAGAUGGACCUGGAUGAGGAGCCGAUGGAUAAGUUGAGGAACGAUGUCGCGGAAGACGACCGGGAGAAGUAGAAAGAGGAGGCACCCGCAUGGUUCCGGCAUUUCGAACGCAAAACAAUCAGGAGGGGGAAAAAAAAACACAGACACAAUUAAUCGACG